UGUGGCGGCGCGGCUGAGCGGAGCGGAGGGGGGAGGGGAGGCGCGGGGAGGGGAGGGAGGAGGCCAGACAAGGCGGGGGAGGGGGAGCAGCGGUGGCGCAAGCCGCGCGGAGCAGCGCAGCCCGGGUCAGCUCCCUACUCCGCCGCCGCCUGCCGACCCGGCCGGCCGAGCCGGCGCCCCAGCGGCCCCCGGAACACCUCCAAGCGGACGAAGGAGUCCAUGUUGGGGAACUUGGCGGCGGCGUGACGGGGACCUAGGGACCUGCAGUGGGGCCGCCACCGCCGCCGGAGCAAGCACGUCGCCCUCGGCCUGAGGUAAACACGGGCCGCUCCGGGGGAAACCCUUUUUCAAGGAGAAAUGAAGAAGAAAACUUUAUAUACCCUAAAUGUGGGAGAUCAGGAGUAUGAAGAUACGGAAGGUGAAGAAAACAAAGAUAAUACUGCUACCACUGGUCUGUUGUACAGCGAAGCUGACAGAUGUCCAAUAUGUCUUAAUUGCCUAUUAGAGAAGGAAGUUGGUUUUCCAGAAAGCUGUAAUCAUGUCUUCUGCAUGACCUGUAUUCUUAAAUGGGCAGAGACACUGGCUUCAUGUCCUAUUGACCGAAAACCUUUUCAGGCAGUGUUUAAAUUCAGUGCAUUGGAAGGUUGUGUUAAGGUUCAAGUAAAAAGACAGGUGAGAGGAACAAAAGACAAGAAAAAUGAAAGCUCUUUUAAGAAACAACUCUCCUAUCAUGAAAAUUCUAAAAGCUGUAUGAGGAAAAAAGUCCUAAGAGAAGAUCUAUUAAGUGCAAAACUUUAUGACUUGAAGAUGAUACACAAAAACGCUAAAUACAGUGAAAUGGGAGGAAAGAAAAAUGCAACAAUAAAGAUGCAUAAGCCUCGAAGAUCAAACACGUGUACCAGUCAGUGCUUCAGGAAUGUCUUCUCCAACAUGUUUCCUUCUAGUAGUCACCCUGGAGAGUCUUCUUUCACCUGUAGAGCUUACUGUACAGAAUUUAUAGAAGUCAAUGAAAUCAGUGCAUUGAUUAGGCAGAAGAGACAGGAACUGGAGUUGUCAUGGUUUCCUGAUACAUUACCUGGAAUUGGAAGAAUUGGUUUUAUACCCUGGAAUAUUGAAACAGAAGUCCUUCCUCUCGUCUCUUCUCUGUUGCCAAGAACUAUUUUUCCAACAAGUACCAUAUCUUUAGGAAAUUUUGGUACUUCUUGCAAGGGAUAUGCAUUGGCACAUACUCAAGAAGGAGAAGAGAAGAAGCAAACCUCUGGUACAUCAAACACCAGAGGAUCAAGACGAAAACCUGCAGCAACAACUCCCACAAGGAGAUCUACACGUAACACGAGAGCCGAAACAGUCAGUCAGUCCCAGAGAUCCCCAGUAUCAAAUAAUUCUGGGUGUGAUGCCCCAGAUAACAAUAAUCCAUCUGUAAGUGUUUCCUCUUCAGCUGAAUCAGAAAAGCAAACAAGACAGGCUCCAAAACGGAAGCCUGUAAGAAGAGGAAGAAAACCACCUUUACUGAAAAAGAAACUUCGGAGUUCUGUGCCUGCCCCUGAAAAAUCAUCUUCCAGUGAAUCAGUAGAUGAAGAAACAGCAGAAUCUGACACACCACCUGUGUUAGAGAAAGAGCACCAAUCAGAUAUAGAAAGUAGUAACACUUGUACUGUGCAGAUAGAUGUAGACAACGAGUCUGCUAAUGGCUUGAAAAGUUGUAGUGAGCAAAUAGAAGAAGGUGAGGAACGUCCGGAGAACCAUGAUACAGAGGAAGGAGUGAAAGCUUCAUACUCUGAGGCUUGUGCCCAAGAUCCUCCUGUGCUAGUUGGAGAGGAGGAGGAAAUUCAAAAAGUUGAAAAUACAAGUAUAGAGGCUAACGUUUUGUGUUUAGAAAGUGAGAUUUCUAGAAAUAUUUCUGAAAAGGGAGAUGAUCCAUUGGAAAAUCAAGACCAAAUGUCUAGACCUUCAGAAUCAGAGGUGAAAGCAGAUAUAUGUACAGAUCGUCCUCCAGAGAAUUUUCUUACAUGUUCAGCAUCUGAAAUUGAAGUACACCAACCUGUACCAAGCCUAGGUGAGUUGCCUGAGAAUGCAGAGUCUGUGGUUAAUGAAGAACAAGUUAUAGAGAGUCCUGCAGUAGAAAAUAUUGAUCAUAAAGAUGCUGUAGCAAAAACAGAGCAGCUUAUAGACAGCCCCAAAGUAGAAUCUUCUGAGGGUGAAAUUAUACAAACAGUGGACAAAAAAUCUAUUGAGAGCUUAGAGGUUCAGUUGCUUGGGCAUGUUGAAACUGAAGAUGCAGAAAUAGUUGCAAUGCAUGAUACUUCAGGGGAUGAAAAUUUCAAUAGCAUUCAAGACUCUGAAAAUAAUUUAUUGAAAAAUAAUCUUAACGCCAAAUUAGACAAAUCUUUAGAAGAAAAGACUGAAUCUCUGAUUGAACAUCCCAGAUCUACAGAAUUGCCUAAUACACACAUUCAACAAGUUGAGAAGCGUUUUAGUGAGGACAAUAAUGAGAUGAUACCUAUGGAAUGUGAUUCAUUUUGCAGUGACCAGAAUGAAUCUGAAAUUGAACCGUCUGUAAAUGCUGAUGCUAAACAAUUGAAUGAAAAUUCUGUAGAGAACAGUUCUCAAAAUAAUUUGCCAUCUUCCGAUCCCACAAAUGAAAAGGUUGAAACUGUAUCUCAGCCAUCUGAAAGCCCAAUAGAUAUGAUAGAUAAAGCCAAAAAGCCUCGUACUCGAAGAUCCAGAUUUCAUUCCCCAUCUACAACUUGGUCUCCCAACAAAGACACUGCACAAGAAAAGAGGCGGUCUCAGUCUCCAUCUCCCAAAAGAGAAACUGGAAAAGAAAGCAGGAAGUCUCGAUCACCAUCUCCCAAGAAAGAAUCUGCAAGAGGAUGGAGAAAAUCUCGUUCUCAGUCCCCAAGAAAGGAUAUCACUAGAGAAAGGAGGCGAUCUCAGUCUCGAUCUCCAAAAAGAGAGAGCACUAGGGAAGGCAAAAGAUCUGAGUCACUCUCCCCAAGAAGAGACACUUCUGGAGAGAACAGAAGAUCUCAGUCUAGAGUGAAAGAUCCCUCCCCUAGAGAAAAAUCCAGGUCCCGGAGUAGAGAGAGAGAAAGUGACAGAGAUGGGCCCAGGAGAGAUCGAGACAGAGAAAGGAGAGCCAGAAGGUGGUCUAGGUCCCGAUCUCGGUCCAGGUCACCUUCAAGAUCGAGAACAAAAAGCAAAAGUUCAUCAUUCGGUAGAAAUGACAGAGACAGCUACUCUCCUCGGUGGAAGGAAAGAUGGGCAAAUGAUGGUUGGAGAUGUCCACGAGGAAAUGAUCGUUACAGAAAGAAUGACCCUGAGAAACAGAAUGAAAACACAAGAAAAGAAAAAAAUGACAUCAGUCCAGAUGCUGAUGAUCCAAAUUCUGCUGACAAACAUAGAAAUGACUGUCCCAAUUGGGUAACAGAAAAAAUAAAUUCUGGACCUGAUCCAAGGACCAGAAAUCCAGAAAAGUUAAAAGAUUCUCAUUGGGAAGAAAAUAGAAAUGAAGAUUCAGGGAAUUCUUGGAAUAAAAACUUUGGUUCGGGUUGGCUGUCUAACCGUGGUAGAGGUAACCGUGGCAGAGGCACUUACAGAGGCGGUUUUGCCUAUACAGAUCAAAAUGAAAAUCGGUGGCAAAACCGAAAACCCCUCUCAGGGAAUUCGAAUAGUUCAGGGAGUGAGUCUUUCAAGUUUGUGGAACAGCAGCCCUAUAAACGGAAGAGUGAGCAAGAGUUCUCAUUUGAUACCCCGGCAGACAGAUCCGGCUGGACAUCUGCGUCUAGUUGGGCUGUGAGAAAGACUCUACCAGCAGAUGUACAAAACUAUUACUCACGACGAGGGAGGAGUUCCUCAGGUGCACAGUCGGGAUGGAUGAGACAAGAAGAGGAAACAGCUGAACAGGAUUCUAACCUUAAAGACCAAACCAACCAACAAGCUGAUGGUUCUCAGCUACCUAUAAAUAUGAUGCAACCACAAAUGAAUGUAAUGCAACAACAAAUGAAUGCACAACACCAGCCUCUGAAUAUCUUCCCAUAUCCAGUGGGUGUUCAUGCUCCUUUGAUGAACAUCCAGCGUAAUCCAUUUAACAUUCAUCCUCAGCUACCCUUGCAUCUGCACACGGGAGUGCCUCUCAUGCAGGUAGCGGCUCCUCCCAGUGUAACUCAGGGACUGCCACCACCGCCACCCCCUCCUCCGCCAUCCCAAGUCAACUACAUCGUUUCACAGCCAGAUGGAAAGCAAUUGCAGGGUAUUCCUAGUGCUUCUCAUGUAAGUAGUAACAUGAGUACACCAGUCUUGCCUGCUCCAGCAGCAGCCCCAGGAAACACGGGAACAGUUCAGGGACCAAGUUCUGGUAAUACUUCGUCAUCAAGUCACAGCAAAGCCUCUAAUGCUGCUGUAAAAUUGGCAGAAAGCAAAGUAAGUGUUACAGUGGAAGCCAGCGCAGAUAGCUCGAAGACAGACAAGAAAUUACAAAUUCAAGAAAAAGCAGCACAGGAGGUAAAAUUGGCCAUUAAGCCAUUUUACCAAAAUAAAGAUAUCACCAAGGAAGAAUAUAAAGAGAUUGUACGGAAAGCAGUAGAUAAAGUUUGUCAUAGUAAGAGUGGAGAAGUAAAUUCUACUAAAGUGGCAAAUCUGGUUAAAGCCUAUGUAGACAAGUACAAGUAUUCACGGAAGGGGAGCCAAAAGAAAACUGUGGAAGAACCUGUGUCUACUGAAAAAAACAUAGGCUGAGAUGGGGCGCACUAUAAAGGACACUAUCAAGAUAACUGCAAAGUGCAAUUUCAACAUGUACCUUUGGCUGAAAAUCAUACAUAACUGUGAUUGAAAUUUGGUUUUGAUAAAAUUAUUUUUUUUAAUGUAGGAUAUAAUGUUUUGUUCUAAAUAAAUAUAGUUCUGCACUGCAACUUCAAUAUCCUUUCCUCCCCUCCAAACAAAAGCAAAUCCAAGAGAAAGUGAAGGGGUUAAAGGAUGUGCGUUUUUCCUACGACUGUGUUGCAGUGUGGAUCCUGGAGAUGUACAGCUUUUUGACGUGAACAAUGAAGUGCAUCAGUUAGAAACUUCUAAGUGCACUGGUUUGCAAGAGAGAUAUAUGUAUAAUACAUUUAUUCUGUCCGCUAAAAAUAAAGUAUGAUCUUUAUGAUUUUUCCCUCUAAUUAUAGAAAGUUGAAUAAUGUAUUACCAUGAAAAAUAUUUCUAAUAACAGAUCAUACCAGUUGCAGGGUUCCUAAUGUGUAUUUUUAAAGCACACAUCUGAAUAAAUUGUUUAGAUAGAAAAACAGAUUAUCACGAGUAAAAGUCAGUGUUCAGAACUUUGAACACUGUUCACCUAUUGUAUCACCAAAUAAAGGUUAUGCUGCUUGUU